CGUUUAGAAUUUUUGUUUAGAAAGUUGGAAAAACAAUAAAAAGAGAUCACAGUUCACUCAUGUCUGUAAUCCUGCUUCGACACAGCUUAACACUGUUAAAACACAAUUCAACUGAGUUAACUUGAAGAUCUAAUUGGUUUUAUUAAACAACUCAUGAAUCGGACAGCAUCCCAUCUAGUAAAUAGGCGCUCCUAGGAGUUGUGCAAAAUGGAAUGUUUUUAAUAGAAGAAAGUGGAUUGUAUCAGGGAAGGUCACGUUCCCUUAUAGGAAGCAAGGGGUCUUAUCAGGCAGACUACCUCACUGGUGUUGGUCAGGAAAUUCCAGAGUGAUUGGUUUAAGAUUCUACUGAUAGAGGCUGAAACUGCAAUUAGGUUAGGUAUUAAAUCUUGGUGGGUAUCAACACAAGUGACUCCAUUUAGGGCUUCUUUUUAACAAUACCAUUACACUAAACACAGAAUUAUCACUUAACACACUUGCUUGUGUGCUUACUACGUGGUUGGGAGUCAUCUGCCCUCAACCAGACAACUUUUGAAUUAUCUUAAAUUUUAAUUUGUAAGCCACCUGAGCAUUAGUUAUAUUUUCUUAAAAUUCAUAAUUGAGGCUUGCAAACAUUGUUCUAAGUGCUUUAUGUACAUUAACUCAUUUACUGCUAACUAUCCUGUUACUUUUUUUUUGAGGUGACAGCUGAAGCACAGAGAGGUUAAUUAACUUGCUUGAGGUCCCAUAGCUAGUAAGUAGUGGACCUAGUGUUUGAACCUAGGUUCUAACCUGUCUUCAGAAAGAGGAUCUAAAGAUGUAAGGAAUUCCCUCUCUAAAAUGUAAUUUCAGGUUUCUCUAUUCAACUCAAGAAGCACCUUCUCUGAGAAUAUUUUUUUUCUGGGUAAAGCCCUAUAGUGAGAAGGGCAUGUUUUUUAGCUUACCAUCAGGUACAUUCUGAACUUGAACUCUUUAUGGAAGAGCCAGCUGGUAAGAUUCUAAAUGUCAGUAUUCUAGAGUAUAAUGCCAUAAUAUUUGGCUCUUCUACCAAAUUGAGAUUUUAAUAUUUUGGUCUACCUCAUGGAGGCAUAUAUAGGAUGGUGGUGAGCAAUUUCUCCAGGAAGGAAAAAAAAAAUUGAAAAACUAUUAUCAAGACCUUUGCAGUUGGAUGACUUCUUGUCCCAGAUUCCCAGCUGUUUGUACAGAUAAGAUUUGAUUGUAGUUGCAAAUAGGAACAAGAAGUUGCCUCUUAACUCUAUAGUAGAUCCCUGAAACUGAAGGCUCUUUGGAACCCUGCCUCUUGCUCACUAAAGCUGGUGUUCCAGACGCCUAAAUCUGGGUAUUGUCGACUUAAAAUGCACAACGUGAGACUUGUGAGUUAAGUUUUAUUUGGGGCAAAAUUAGGACUGCAGCCCGGAAGACAGCUCUGAGAAACUGUUCCAAAGAGGCAGGGGGGGAAGCUCAGUAUAUAUGUGAUUCUGGUGAAAGGGGAAAACAUGCAAUCAAGCAUAUAUUGUUUACAGAAGGUUACUGCUAAUCACGAGCAGUCGUCACCAUGAAGGAUUUUAGUUUUUUUUUCUAGGUAUGAGGAGAUACAAGAAUUGGGCCCAUAGGUGAUGAGCCAUUGUGUAGCCAACUUAUUCUCAAGUGGUUCAGGGAAGGGGAAAGUUCUUUGUACUACUGCUGUAACUUUUCUGUUACACCAAAUAAAAGGAAAAAAGACAAAGAAAGAGUGAAUGGAAACUCUGAGGUAGUGGAGAAUGAGAGGAGGACCAGGCAGUGCAACAUCAAACAUAUGGACCAAAGGCUUUAAUAUAUCUAAGGGGAGGACAUUUAAUGAUGUGCAGUGUUGCAAAGAGAGCAGAGGAUCAAGACUGAGAAAAAGGUGUUAAAAUUAUUUUCUAUAUUUUUAAUGCUGUGCAGUGUUGCAAAGAGAUGAAAGAACAUCAGGACUGAGAAAAAGGUGUUAAAAUUAUUUUCUGUAUUGUUAAUAAUGACAGCAUCUUUAUAGAUAUGCAGUACAAGGGAAAAUAAAUCAGCUAUUCCAUUCACACACACACACACACACAAAAGGAGUUGGGCCCAUCAAGUUGGCUCCUGAAAAUAUCUAACUAUGUAACAACCUGUUCUGCCAGUUUUUCACAGAGCAUACAGUGCCUCAUUUCAGCUCCACCCUGAUCACCUUUCAGGGGGCGGUGACAGUCAGCAGCUGCAGCAGCACAGGAUUUAAUCUUUGUAGAGGUAGAUGGCAAAUGCCAAUGAGGAAUGCCUAUUGUAGUUGACAGUAUGUUAUCUUCUCAAAUGGCUACUCGUUCUUGCUUGCUGCCUGGGACGAGUGGCCAUGGCCAACAUUGUUAGAGUUUGACUAAUUCCUUAUUUCAUCAAGUAUUUUGGAAGAGGAAUUCAAGACAGUAAAACUUGUGUUAAUAGUGUUUUGGGUUGGGGUGUGCCGCAGCUGAUGACCCUGGAAGACUCAUCCAUAGGAAACUACCUUAAGAGUCUCUAGAUCCCGGCCUUACAGAUCACAAAUGUGGUGAGGUACUUUUGGCUUCUCUUUGAGCUGGUGGCCUCAUUUUGGUCGUGUAAUUGCUCUCCUGGCAGAGGCAAUGAAUGGGGAAUUCUCCCUAAGGUCAGCGUUUAUUUAACUGCCGCGCUCUGGCUGCUAUAGUAUUCCAGGCAUCGAUCCUAGUAUUAAAAUUGCCUGGAGGUUGCCAGCACGGCAAAAAUCGGUCUUCAGUGACGGCCCGGAGUUAUUGAGUUGAGUGGGAGGCGCCUCACGCAGUUUACUAUCUCCGUGGGCGGUGGCCCGAGGCGCGGGACUUAUCCGAAGACUGGAUUGGGCCUUCCCCCUGUCUAUCACUGAGGCUCUCCGCCCCCGACUGUCUCGCAGCAAGCUGAGCAUCGCCUCUGAAAACGAGGAGAGUAAUGGGCGGUGAAGGUAAACGUUGUGUGUAUUUCUCUCCUCACUGGAUGGCUGCUGUGUCCGUCGUGCUCCGCUCUGCUCCCAUUGGCGGGAAGGCUCCUGGCAGGUAGUGUAGACACGGUGCUGCCCCCUCCCAAGCUACGAUCAAGGCGCGUGACGUUUCAGACAUUUGUUGUUGGGCUUUGGGUCUCAUUAAUUAUUCAUUAGGUGCUUGAAACAGCUGCAGCGAUUGGCGGCUGAGAGGCCCGGUCGAUUGUUUCUUAGCUAGAGAUACGUGUCACCCUCUGCGCGGCUGGAGAAGUUUCGCAUAAAUUAUUCUGAUAAGGUUCGAGGCGGGGCUGCGCAUAGAUUAGGCAAAUGAGCUGAGAAGGGAGGGGAGGCCGGCUACGAAUUAGCCUAAGUUAUUAAAGAUGGCGGCGGAGCGGAGUCGCUCCCCGGUGGACUCGCCGGUCCCGGCCUCUAUGUUCGCCCCGGAGCCCAGCUCUCCGGGGGCGGCCAGGGCCGCGGCGGUUGCCGCCCGGCUCCACGGCGGCUUCGACUCGGACUGCAGCGAAGACGGCGAGGCGCUCAACGGCGAACCGGAGCUGGACCUCACCAGCAAGCUGGUUCUAGUGAGCCCUACAUCAGAGCAGUAUGACAGCCUACUUCGGCAAAUGUGGGAGAGGAUGGACGAGGGAUGCGGAGAGACCAUAUAUGUCAUUGGGCAGGGAUCAGAUGGGACUGAGUACGGGCUGAGCGAAGCUGACAUGGAGGCCUCCUAUGCCACAGUGAAGAGCAUGGCAGAACAAAUAGAGGCCGAUGUCAUCCUCCUCCGGGAACGUCAAGAAGCUGGGGGCCGUGUGCGCGAUUACCUGGUCCGGAAACGAGUAGGAGACAAUGACUUCCUGGAAGUCAGGGUAGCGGUAGUGGGCAACGUGGAUGCCGGCAAAAGCACGCUUCUGGGGGUCCUGACACACGGGGAGCUGGACAAUGGCCGAGGCUUUGCCCGCCAGAAACUCUUCCGCCACAAACAUGAGAUUGAAUCUGGUCGCACCAGCAGUGUGGGCAACGACAUUCUGGGCUUUGACAGUGAAGGCAAUGUGGUGAACAAGCCAGACAGCCACGGUGGCAGCCUGGAGUGGACAAAGAUCUGUGAGAAGUCCACUAAGGUGAUCACCUUCAUCGACUUGGCUGGCCACGAGAAGUACCUGAAGACCACUGUCUUUGGCAUGACCGGCCAUCUGCCUGACUUCUGCAUGCUCAUGGUGGGCAGCAAUGCUGGCAUCGUGGGGAUGACCAAGGAGCACCUGGGCUUGGCAUUGGCACUCAAUGUACCUGUCUUUGUGGUGGUCACCAAGAUUGACAUGUGUCCUGCCAACAUCCUGCAAGAAACCCUGAAGCUGUUACAGCGCUUGCUGAAGUCGCCGGGCUGCCGCAAGAUCCCUGUGUUGGUGCAGAGCAAGGAUGAUGUGAUUGUUACAGCCUCCAACUUCAGCUCUGAGAGGAUGUGCCCGAUAUUCCAAAUCUCCAACGUUACAGGCGAGAACCUAGAUCUGCUGAAGAUGUUCCUCAACCUCCUCUCCCCUCGCACCAGUUACCGGGAGGAAGAGCCUGCUGAGUUUCAGAUUGACGACACCUACUCUGUCCCGGGUGUGGGAACAGUGGUGUCGGGGACUACACUGAGGGGCCUGAUCAAGCUGAACGACACAUUGCUGCUGGGCCCAGAUCCCUUGGGAAACUUCCUGUCCAUUGCUGUCAAAUCCAUCCAUCGCAAGCGCAUGCCUGUCAAGGAGGUGCGGGGGGGCCAGACAGCCUCCUUCGCACUGAAGAAGAUCAAGCGCUCAUCCAUCCGGAAGGGCAUGGUGAUGGUUUCUCCACGCUUGAAUCCCCAAGCAUCCUGGGAGUUUGAGGCCGAGAUCCUCGUCCUUCACCACCCCACCACCAUUAGCCCGCGGUACCAGGCCAUGGUGCACUGUGGGAGCAUCAGGCAGACGGCCACCAUCCUGAGCAUGGACAAGGACUGUCUGCGCACUGGGGACAAGGCCACUGUGCACUUCCGCUUCAUCAAGACCCCUGAGUACCUGCACAUAGACCAGCGGCUGGUGUUCCGGGAAGGCCGCACCAAGGCUGUGGGCACCAUCACUAAGCUCCUCCAGACCACCAACAACUCCCCGAUGAACUCCAAGCCCCAGCAGAUUAAAAUGCAAUCGACGAAAAAGGGUCCCCUGCCCAAACGAGAAGAGGGAGGCCCCUCUGGAGGGCCGGCAGUAGGGGCACCCCCACCUGGAGAUGAAGCUUGCUCCUUAGGGACUGCGCAGCCAGCUGCAUCCAGCAGUCUCCAGCCACAGCCCCUCCAGGUGGAGGUGCUGCCACGGGGAACUCCGUUGCUCUCUCUGCUCUGGAGCCCCCGGCUGCGGGCCGGGCCGGGGGGAGCCCAGCUUCUCCUGUCAGGCAGGCGUGGCUUCAAAACCCAGACUCCUCUGCCAGCUGUGACACAGGACAAGUUGCCGUCCUCUGAACCUGUUUCCUCAUCCACAGCAAGAGCUGUGAUGGGGCCCGUCCCUGGGCCAGGUGCCAUGGUCAGGAUGAGAGGCGUGUGUUCAGAGUCCAGUCGGGGAACCACCCUUGGCCCUUGGAGCUGCUCAUUGGAGGCACUGAAUCUGGGGAGAUAUUUGCAGGGAAGGGCCAGGACCUGCUCCCCGGAACUGGAAAGAUUCUGGCUCUUCAGGGGACCCACCUCGUCCCAUCCCAACACAGCCUCCACAAGUACAGAUAUCUGGGGCACGGGAAGGCAACCGGCAUGAGGCUGUACAGAAAAGAUGGCGCGUCGAUAUAAAUGAACCCAUAAAUCACAAUUCUCCUGCAGUGCCCGCAACUCCCGCCCCACCUCCACUGUACCUCAAGGACAGAUUCUGAGCACGUAUCCUGCACUAGGUUUCUGCCGUCUCCCUCUCUGCUUGGGACACAAUCAGAAUUCUGCUCCAGGGCUCUGCUCCCUAGUCCUGUCUGGGGGUAGGAAUGGGGAGGUUGGGGCUCAGCAGGCCCAGGACAGACAGCAGUGCCCAUUACCUUUGCCACUCGGACUUCAGCUGCUGGAGUUGAGCCUCAGACUCCUAUAAGCAGGAAGAAGGGACCAAUAGAAAUAUCAGGCUCACAGCAGUCAGUCUCCCGGAGCAGGAUAUGUUCCACCCCAGGCCUCCUGUUUCAGCAAGCGUCAAACUGGCCGCCUGGUUAAGGUCCUUAUGGGAGUCUUGCCCGGUACCUAUUACGCAUGUUCACUCAGCAUGCUAUACCCAGUACAACAGGCUACUUAAAAGCAGCCCUUCCUGUCCUCAGGCAAGUUCCCAGGGCGUCUCUGCAGAGUGUUCCAGCCCAGACAGAUUUAGUUCAAGCAGAAGUCAGGAGACUACACACCCCAUUCUAUGUCUCAGCAGACCCUUCGGGGCCAAGGUGUCUGUCUCUCUCAGCCCAAGAAGAGAUGAUGAAUUGGAUCAAGGCCCCACUGUAGGCCCCAACUGCCCCCAAGCCCACCAACCUGCGAGGCCUGGACAAUCUUCUUGAAGAGGUCUUCUGAGUCCUGUUGAUGCUCUGCUCUCAGGGUGACCAGUUCUUCCUAUCAGGCAUAGAAGAGAGGCUGAGGAUUUUACUGAGUCUUGCUCAGAGGGCCGCCUACAACCAGGAAGUGGUGUAACCGGAAUUCGAACCAGGCCUGUUUGAUUGCAAAUUUCAUCUCCCGGCCUUUCUGCUACAGUGCUUCUUGGAAACAUACAAGACUCCUCUUGGUCUUACUACACACCUGCAGGUGUGCCACACCUACGUGGGCAUUGUGCCAGGCACCCUACAAUCUCAUGUUCUCACAACUGGGGGUGGGGUAGACAGGAGAGUCUCCAUUUUAAAGAGGAGGAGACUAAGGCAUAGAGAAGGUCAUUGCCAAGUGGUGGAACCAUCUGACUGUGAAUGACACACUGCUGUCUCCCUCAUGUCAGGGUGUGCAGGGCCCAGCCCCCUCCACCCCACACACCCAGGGUGUCACCCACACAGGCCCCUCAGCUCCUCUCUCCGACCUGGAU